AUGGGCCUCGGUGAGAAUGCGGCAAAGCGGGCACUCCUGGCGACCAACAACUCGGCAGAUGCGGCUGUCUCCUGGUAUUUCGAGCACGUUGAUGAUGCAGACAUCAAUGCCCCUCUGGAAGGAGCCCCGACCGGUGCGGCCGCCACGCCGGGCGCCGGCACGCCAGACCCAGAGGCGGUUUCCAUGCUGUGCUCCAUGGGCUUUGCCCAAGAGCACGUGCACGCCGCUCUCAAGUCGUGCAUGAACAGCGUCGAGAGGGCUGCUGAUUGGCUUUUUUCGCAUGCUGAUGACUUAGAAGCAGCGGUGGCUGCUGUCAAUGGGGGCACCAAUGACAGUGGCGGCGGCGCAAGCGUCGCACGGGACAGCUACGAAGAUGGAGUGGGGGAGUACACACUCCUGGGCUUCGUGUCGCACAUUGGAAAGCACACCUCUCAUGGGCACUAUGUUUGCCACAUGAGACGCGGAGAGGGGAACUCCUGGGUGAUUUUCGAUGACGCCAAGGUGGCCAAGUCCGAAGCUCCACCGUUGGAGCUGGGCUAUUUGUACCUGUACCGGCGGAAGGACGCAUAA